AUGGUUUCUCUUGCCGCUGCUUCAAUGGACUGCCCCGGCGCGGUGCCUCUCGCCGCCGACGCUGGGGACUGCAGCGGCCAGGGCUCGUUUGAGCAGGCUUGGCUGAGGCAUCGCGGCCGCCACCCCAGCGAGGCCGCGACGCAGCUGCGCUCCCUGCCGAAGGUGGAGUUGCACUGCCAUCUGAAUGGCAGCAUUAGCGCCCCGCUGCUGCGCCACAUGGAGCGUCUGCGGCGAGAAGAGAGCCCCACCGCCCGUACGGCGCGGCAGCGGGAGGCGACGGGGCUGCUUGGGAAAGGCGUUGAGGCGAUGGGGGGGAUGCCGGGGCAGCUCAGCGACCCCGGCGAGCGCAUGAAGUACUGCUUCAGGGUUUUUGAUGACAUCUACAAGGUGAUGACCAACACCGCCUUCACACGGAUGGCGGUGCAGGAUUUGCUACUGCACUCCGCGGCGGAAAACGUGUUUCUCCUGGAGAUACGAACCUCCCUGCGAGAUGGCCUAUACGCGACUCCACACGCCGCGGCGCACGCGAUCGAGGCGGAGCGUGUCACAAAAAAAGCCUACGUCGAGGCAGUCAUUCACACCGUGGAGCACCUCAUGCACGGUGGUGUGGUGGAUUUUGAAACCGGUGCAUUGCUGCCCCGCGGCGCCCCCGUUUCCCCCGCAUGGUGGUCCUGCUUCCAGAAGCUGUACGUCUCACUUGCGCCCAAGGCGAUGGGCGUCGCUUGCGAGGGGGACACGGAGGCAGACACAGCACGGGUAACGUCUGGCACCACUCUGGCACAGGCGGAAAAAUUGUUGGAGAGGCUCCAUGACCAGCUCAUGCAUCGCAUGCAUAUUCGCCUCAUUGUGUCCAUUAACAGGGGUCACGGCGCCGCGGCGGCGUGGGAAGCUGUGACGCUUGCGAAGGAGGUUCAAAAGGAACAACUGCAGCGCUUUUAUGCGUCCCUGCAGGUAGACACUGCCGUCACUCACGGCACGCGGCAAACGACGCUGACGCAGCACGGCGAGGUGGUUCGGCGAGUCUGCUGGGUGACGGGCGUGGACUUCUCCGGCUACUGCGGCAAGAAUCACUUUGCGGACUUCGUCCCGGCGCUUGCGGAGGCGCGGCGCGGCGGCGCCGCUGCAGCAUCGUCGUCCUCCCCCUCCUACGGCUCACUUGGGAUCACCCUGCACGCGGGCGAGAAGGACGACGCGGAGGAGUUGACGGCGAUGGUGCAGUUUGCCCCGGAGCGCUGGGGGCACCUGGUUUACACGGACCCGGCGAACCUGGCCGCCAUCAUCGCCCGGCACGAUGCCAUUGAGCUCUGCAUCACCAGCAACGCCGUCACAGGGGGCUACGCGGAGGUGGCGCGGCACCACAUUGGGGAUAUUCUCCAACAGCAGCAGGGCCGCACGGCGGAGGCGGAGUGCGACGGGAUGAGCCCCGCCCUGCUGCAGGCCCUUACGACCGAGUCGAGCCUUGCGGCGGCGAUGCAGUGUCGGGUGCGGCGGCGCUUGGCCAGAUGGCGGCAGUCGCCGGCGUUGAGUGGCGCGGCGACGGUCAUCCCCAACGUCUCCUUUCACACAGACGACCGUGGCGUCUUCUGCACCUCCGUGACGGCGGAGCUGGAGUUGCUGCUCCAGCACGGAUGCCUGGCGGGCGGGGCCGAGACGCGUGCGCUGUCGGUGCAGGCCAUGUGGGCACUUCAGCGCCUCUCCGUGCCGCACUUCUUUGAGCUCCCGCUGGAGGUGGUGUACAGCUGCACCUACCCGUGGCGGGAGUGCUGCUGCGGCUGCGGCGGCGGCGAGGCCCUUGCGGCCCACGUGCGCGCCCACGUGGCGUCCCUUGACGAGGCCGCACGCGCCGGCCUGAGUUGUGCGGAACUCAGUUGGCUGCUAAAACAAUUUGACGACAUGUGA